AGACGGGUACCCCCUACAUGCUUUACAAGGAUUCUUGUAAUCGUAAGUCUAAUCAACAAAACCUCGGGACAAUACAGUGCAGUAACUUGUGCACAGAGAUCAUAGAGUAUUCAAGUCCAGAUGAGGUUGCUGUUUGUAACCUGGCUAGCAUCGCUUUACCUAUGUUUGUGGAUAUCAAAGAAUACACGUUCGAUUUUGAACGCCUGCACGAGGUUACUAAAGUGAUAACUCGCAACCUUAACAAAAUAAUCGAUAUUAAUUAUUAUCCUGUUGAAGAAGCGCGUAGAUCUAACCUUCGCCAUCGUCCGAUCGGUAUCGGUGUGCAAGGAAUGGCGGACUGUUUUCUGUCCUUACGUAUUCCCUUUGACUCUUUACGCGCAAGGGAGCUGAACAAGCAGAUAUUUGAAACCAUGUAUCAUGGGGCCUUGGAAGCUUCAUGCGAGAUCUCAGAGAAAUAUGGCCCAUACGAAACGUAUUCGGGAUCGCCCGUAUCACAAGGAAUAUUACAAUAUGACAUGUGGAAUGUUGAACCAAGUGAUUUAUGGGAUUGGGAUUCGUUAAAACAGAAAAUCGCCAAUCACGGUGUACGAAAUUCAUUACUCUUGGCGCCGAUGCCAACUGCCUCGACUUCUCAGAUAUUGGGAUUUAAUGAAUGCUUCGAACCUUACACAAGCAACAUAUAUACACGGCGCGUCCUAGCCGGUGAAUUUCAAGUUGUGAAUCCUUGGCUACUGAAAGAUCUGGUGGAUCUAGGCCUGUGGAGCGAUCAAAUGAAAAACAGGAUUAUCGCGGACAAUGGUAGCAUUCAGAAGGUUCCGGGCAUCCCAGAUGAACUUAAAGCAUUAUACAAAACAACUUGGGAGUUGUCACAAAAAACAAUUAUCGACAUGGCGGCAGAUCGAGGUGCCUUCAUUGAUCAAUCUCAAAGCCUCAACAUACAUAUAGCGGAACCCUCUUAUGCUAAGUUAACCAGCAUGCAUUUCUAUGGAUGGAAGAAAGGUUUAAAGACGGGGAUGUACUAUCUUCGAACGAGAUCUGCGGCGGAUGCCAUCAAAUUUACUGUUGAUCAAACUUCUCUUAAAGAGGUUUUAGCAACCGAAGAAACGGAUAUUAAAAUCAAAAGUGUUAAAUGCCAACUUGAAAACAAGGAAGAUUGUUUAAUGUGCAGUGGUUAA